CCGGCGCGGGGGGAGGGCCGCCCUGACCCCCGGCAGCGCUCCAACCCCGGCCGACUCGCCGCGCAGUUUCUUCCCAAGUCCCGCCCCCAGCCCCGGGCGCCGCGGCGGCGGCUGCUUUCCUCUUUGUAACCGAGGAGUCAAGAAAUCAGUGGUCUCGGGAAAAGGUCGUUUGUCCGGCACAGAUGCGUUUGUCCAAGGGAGCAGUGGAGAUUCGGGUGGAGGCGUAAAGCCUGGGGCUUCCAAUGAUAUUCUGGGCAGCGAUGGAAGCCUAGAUGCCUCACCGUAAGGAGCGGCCGAGUGGGUCCUCGCUUCACACACACGGCAGCGCUGGCACCGCGGAGGGAGGAAAUAUGUCCCGGCUGUCUCUCACCCGGUCGCCGGUGUCUCCUCUGGCUGCCCAGGGGAUCCCACUGCCAGCUCAGCUGACCAAGUCCAAUGCACCUGUGCACAUCGAUGUGGGUGGCCACAUGUAUACCAGCAGCCUGGCCACGCUCACCAAAUACCCUGACUCCAGAAUAAGCCGCCUCUUCAAUGGCACUGAACCCAUCGUUCUGGACAGCUUAAAGCAACAUUAUUUCAUUGACCGGGAUGGGGAGAUUUUCCGCUAUGUCCUGAGCUUUCUACGGACGUCCAAACUGCUGCUCCCAGAUGACUUCAAGGACUUCAGCCUACUGUAUGAGGAGGCUCGGUACUACCAGCUGCAGCCCAUGGUACGGGAGCUGGAACGCUGGCAGCAGGAGCAGGAGCAGCGACGUCGCAGUCGGGCCUGUGACUGCCUGGUGGUGCGAGUCACACCGGACUUGGGUGAGCGCAUUGCGCUCAGUGGUGAGAAGGCCCUCAUCGAAGAGGUUUUCCCCGAGACUGGAGACGUCAUGUGCAACUCGGUCAACGCUGGCUGGAACCAGGACCCCACGCAUGUCAUCCGCUUCCCUCUCAAUGGUUACUGCCGGCUCAACUCUGUGCAGGUCCUGGAAAGGCUCUUCCAGAGGGGCUUCAGCGUGGCUGCGUCCUGCGGAGGUGGCGUGGACUCCUCCCAGUUCAGCGAGUAUGUGCUUUGCCGGGAGGAGCGGCGACCACAGCCCACACCCACUGCCGUCCGGAUAAAGCAGGAGCCCCUGGACUAGGCCCUGCCUCAGUGCCCACCUGAGGCCCCUCACCCAGGGGUCACUCCCAGAAACCUGGAAACUGUGCUGGGGAGUUCUGACUGUGCAAGCUUAGCAGUGGGCUUGAGACUGAGGUUGGGGCUGUAGAGUCUGAAGUCGGCCCAGGGGCACCAGCGCCUCAGGCGUCAUGGCAGCAGAAUAUGGGAAGCUGGCGGCGUGCCCACUGAAAGACUGUUGUGGCCAGAGAUGCCGUGGCCAGAACUCCACUGCCAGCUCCCCCACUCCCUGCUUGGCCCUGUGGUCAGGUGCAGAGGGCUCUGCUUGCCGAGCCACGGUGAGCAGAGGCAUCCCCAGCUCUCCGGAGCAGCUGUGUCUCCUCUGUGUGGUGGACACUUGGCGGGUCUCCUUGUGUCAGAGAUGGCUUAUUUUUCUACAGUAUUUAAAACGGAAGUAACCGUCACUGCGCAAGGCAGCAAGGCUUCCAAGGACCAACGCUUCUUCAUCUGGUGCUCAGUUCUCAGACAUGCAGCAGGCCCACGUGGAUGAGCUGUGGGGAGCUGGGGGUGUGUGUGGGUGUGACAGUGCUUCGGAGCUGAGGCAGAGGCCUCAGGGGGCAGGGCUGCAGGGGGGAAGGGGGUGAGGAUGGCUCGCAUAACCCUCUCAGACUCUCUUUGCUGCCUUCCAGGGCUCAGGCUGUGCUCAGCAGGUCACCUGACCUGCUCUGGCACAGGAGCUCCCAGUCUGUGUGUGUGUGCGUGCGUGCGUGCGUGUGUGUGUGUGUGUGUGCGUGCAUGUGCGCUCACUCCUGGGCCCCUAGAGAAGUCUGUCCCCACAAGACCAGCUGUGGGGGCUGCACCUUACCUCAGGAAUGGGCCUCCCCAUGAAGAGGCCUGUAUGUCAGCAGCAUCCUCUGGGUCCCCAGCUCAGGGAGCCACCCCCAGCUCGUUUUUCCCACACUAAUAUUCACACUGAGUUUUAGCUAAACGUGUUCUACUAGCUUGGUGGUGAGACUGGACACAGGCAUACCUCAUGCUCUAGACCCUGGAUUCCAGCAAGGACAGCCCUGCGGGGAUCCUCAGACCCACCCCCAGACAGCAAGCCCAGAGAUGGACACCUUGGGCCUUGUCAUAGUUCCCCACAUGCUACCCCCUACCCCCCUGGAGAAAAUGCGGAGGACUGGUGGGUGGGGUGCCUGGGCCAGCACCCUGUGUAUAAUGCCUGUAGACUUGUAUAUGACUCCUUUAAUAUUGUAAAGAUGCUGAUGUACAAUUGUCAUGUGUUUGUGUAAACACAUUACAUUCCUCGUUCAUGCCAUAAACAAUGCUACGAAGCAAAAGACUGAGGCUCUGUCCUGUGCGGAAGCAGCAGCAGCUGGUUGCCCGCCCACAUUGGAUGUGCAGGGAGGUUUGGGGGUGGAAUUCCUCCCUUGGUUCCCUCAGUUCAAAGCCAGGAGCAAGCGGCAGCACUGGCUGGGGGAGGGGCAGGGCCAGGGGCCUGAGCUCCAUGUUAUUUAUUGCAUUUGGGUAUUUCUUCACGGCUUCUGCCUGUCCCCUCUGGGCAGCACAAAUUCUGAAUUCUGAUUCACGGUCCCUAACCAGAUGCAAACGGGCAGACAGGCAGGUUUCCGGGGGCUUUGAAACCCAGUCUUAAAUGUGAGAGGCUUUCUCUCUCCCCAUCAUUUGGUUGCAGGUGACGUUCUCUUUAGACUCCCACACAAUGGUAUGAGAAGGUGGCAGGCUGUGGCCUAGGCCGGUGUGCAGGACGAGCCAUAGGGCCAGCUGAAGAUGAGCCAUGCAAACAGGGUCUCCACGCAACUCUUGCUGAGGGAGCCAGCAAGUCACAUACACCCCCAAUUUUAACAAGCCUGUAUUUCUACCAGGCUGUGUUCUAACCCACAUGGACCCUUUUACACACCUGCCCAGGGCCACCAGCCUCCACCUGCCUCAGGCCAUGGGAGCACGGAGCAGCAGCUUCCCGGCCAAGGCUGCAAAGCAGACGCCAGCCCACUGUGCAAUCUAAUUUGCUGGACAAACUCGCUAGGCUUCUCCUCUGCCCAGCAAUGCGCCCACAGUUGGCACCUCUGCAUCUGGCAUCAGGCUCACAUCUGAGAGGAGGAGAAAGUGUUGUGUUUAUUAGAAAGGAAGUCUUGUGAAAACAGCUCAAUGCUCUGAAUGUUUAUAGAUUUUUUUCUGGCGUAAUAGUGCGGGUGCUGAUGGUUCAAGAUUCUCUACCAUUCUCAAACCAUCUUUUUGCGCUGAAAGAAGGGGGUGUAUGUGUGGUAACUACUAAAUGUGAUGAUUUCUUUUUAAGUAAAAUUGAAAAGGAUUUUACAUCAACUGGGGAAUUUCUGAAAGUGUAGGGAAAUCCUAAUUUCCUCUAAUGCUACUAUUCUAAUACACCUAAUCUCCAUAAACAGUAGCUACAAAAUAUCCAUUCUUUAAAGCAGUUUUACAUUCCCUGGGAUGAGUAUAAAAUCAUCUUUUGAUAACAUACUAGUAGUAUCGGUGUUACUUCUGUUCUUCCAUAAACCCCAAAACUAUUCUUGAUGAUAAGCAACUGGACGGAGAGCUGGGCCAGCGCUUUUUCCCCCCACCGAACCUCUGUCAGUGCAGAGAGCAGGCAAAGCCACAGCAGGCAGCUUCCCCACUGUCCUGAUCCCAUGGGCUCCAAGCAA